CAGCGCGGCAUCUUCUCCGAGGCACCACCCGAUCCCCUCCCUGGAGCAUCUCCCGGUAUCGGGGUGUGCCGCGUGGUGACGCAGCUCCCGGGGCCAGUCCUGCGGGUGGCACAGGACUCUCAACGGGUGCUGAUGGCAACAGUGACGAUGCAGUUGGCUGGGCUGAUGCUGGCUGUGCUGGGCUGGCUCGGCUCCAUCCUCGCUUGCGCACUGCCCAUGUGGAAGGUGACGGCCUUCAUCGGCUCCAACAUCGUAGUGGCCCAGGUCUUCUGGGAAGGGCUGUGGAUGAACUGCGUGUAUGAAAGCACGGGGCAGAUGCAGUGCAAGGGCUAUGAUUCCCUCCUGGAGCUCACCUCUGACCUGCAAGCGGCUCGCGCCUUGGUGGUCACCUCCAUCUUCGUGGCCUUCUUUGCCUUCCUCACCUCCAUCUCAGGAGCGGACUGCACCCGCUGUGUGGAUGACAAGAGCACCAAGACCAAGAUCUCUGUGGUGGCAGGUGCCACCUUUGUCCUGGCCAGCAUCCUGCUCCUCAUCCCUGUCUCCUGGUCUGCCAACAGCAUUGUCAGCAACUUCUAUAACCCCAUGGUGCCUCAGGCCCUCAAGAGAGAGUUGGGAGCUGCCCUCUACAUUGGCUGGGCUUCCAGUGCCCUGCAGCUCUUUGGUGGGGGCAUCCUGUGCUGUACAGGACCCCCGUCCCAGCAGGACCCCUACCAGAAGAAGUACAGAGCUGUGAAAACCUGCACUCCAAUGGGCUAUGCCAUGAAAGACUACGUGUGAGCCACCGUGCCUGGGUACCUGCCCAAGGGACAGCACCACCAUCCCCAUCCUGCAUACACACCCCAACCCCUGCCCAUGAUCUGCCUCCUCCUGCCCAUCCCCAUGCUGCUGCACCCCCAGCACAGUCCUUCCCAUGGGUGCCCUACCCUGGC